AUUAUUGACUUUUUGCCUGACAGCCAAAAUUUGACAGUCUUCAUGUCUACAAAAAUGACGUGGAGACAUAGGUUAUAAGUUUGUUUUAUAUUGGUUUAAUUUAAUAUUUAGGUAAAUUUGAAGACCUAAAGUGUGUAAAUUACCGAAAGCUUACAAAUACCAAACAUGAUCGAAAUAACAGACACCCAAAAGAUUGGCGUUGGCCUCGCUGGGUUCGGGAUGACGUUCCUGUUCCUGGGAGUGCUUCUACUUUUCGACAAAGGUCUCCUAGCCAUCGGAAAUAUCCUGUUUAUCAGCGGGCUCGCGUGCGUGAUCGGCCUACAGCGAACCUUCUUCUUUUUCUUCCAACGCCACAAAAUUAAGGCUUCCAUAGCUUUCUUCGGCGGUAUAACGGUGGUGUUGCUGGGCUGGCCAAUGGUCGGUAUGAUCGCUGAAAUGUAUGGGUUCCUGCUGCUAUUUAGAGGUUUCUUGCCAGCCGCUGUAAACUUCCUUAGAAUGGUACCGGUACUUGGUUCGCUGCUGAAUCUGCCUAUCAUCAGAGGGAUAGUGGACAGGAUAGCGGGUGACAACGGCCGCAACAUGGAUGGAGCAUCGUAAAGGGUACGACGAUUGUUUAGAAAAUCCACCGAAAAUACCACAUUCCUUUGUACAAAAAGUUCGUUGGCGCGGGUUGCCACUAGAUUAAGUUAGAUGUUUAAAAUAUCUAUACUAGCACCUUAACUUGAAUAUGUAUCUGCCGAAAACUCAUAUUCAAGAGCUUAUUCUCCUUCGAACCCGUCUUUGUCUUUAAACCUGAGUGAUAUUAAUUUUAAUCAUGCUGUUACUAACUUUCACGGCAAAACAAAACACGUCGCUCUACUUAAUGGAAACCCGCACUAACAAGUACCUAUACUUAAUAUUAUUUUGUUGAUUAAGUUUAUAAAAUACAUAUUUACAUUUCAUCC